UUUUUCUUUUUUUGGGGAAGGAUUUCUGUCUCUCUCAUUUACCUCUGCAGCUCCGCCUUCUCUGUAAGAAAGUCAAAGGCGAAUGGAUCUCUGAAGUUUAUGAUUAACAUAUUCGAUUGAAAACAUAUUACUAAGUCCGUCCUCCACGAGUCUCAUGUCCAUUAGAUAAAAUUACCGCUUAAGAACAAGCAAACAAGUCAAAAUCACAUAGCUAGCUAGCUAGUGGAUAAGCUGUUCAAACAUACGGAACCUAAAUUCUUUUUAAAAGGGGUCUCCUAUUUUAUUGUCUCUAUGGGGAGGUUGGGAAACAAUCUUAAUGACAACUGCUUCCAACACGCCACGUUUGCUUAGUAGAAAACAGCAGAUUCUGUCUUUAUGCCUCUCUUUGAUAACGUUCCAUUUCAUCCCAUCUAUAUUCUAUGCAACACUCUGUCAUUUUAACGUUAUAGUUUUCUUAACUUCCAUCAACUACCUGUCAGAACGGGCAUCCUACGUGUCAGUCUCUCUUUGGCUCCCAUAUGAAUAUGUCUCAGCUGACUCAGCGCGACCCUAAGGAAACGGGCGAAGAAAAAAAUUAGCGGAAUCAUUUUAACGUCUCUAUGAAUUCAAAACAAAAACAAAAACAAAAACUAGAAUCAAAGGUACCAUUUUUGCGACGAGAAGAAAGAAAAAGAAAACGAAAACCCAGCUCAAGAGUGAUUCUUUACUGCUUCCAUACGAUCUAGACGUUGCCUUUUUUAUCCUUUCUUUCUCAGAACAGAAAGUCAAACUAAACAAAUCGACACAGCUGAUUGAUGGCAGAAGAAUUUGGAAACUCUGUAGAAGAUGGACUGAAGCUAUCAAAGCGUUUAUACUAUGGCAAAGACAGGGCGGUGGCACCACCAAGACCGGUGGUGCACAUGGAGAAAUCGGCAGAAGCAUAUCUACCUACGGCACCUAUGAUUUAUGCAGUGAUUUCAGAUCCGAGUAUUGUGGAUAACCCAGAUAUGCCAAGCUACCAGCCGCACGUGCAUGGCAGGUGCGAUCCACCUGCAUUAAUUCCCCUUCAAAUGAAUAGAAUAGAGCUCGAGGCUGAUUCUUUUUUGGAUUCUGCUAUUGUUCGGGUUAAUGGGUCAUGGAGGGUCCAUUGCGUUAUGGGCAGCAAGAGCUGUGAUUGUAGAAUUGCUAUUCCUAUGGGAGAGCAGGGUUCAAUUCUAGGUGUUGAGGUGGAGGUUGCUAGAAAGUCUUAUUAUACUGAAUUGAUUGCAAUGGAUGACAAAAAAGAUACGGAGAAGGAAUGUCGACCGGAAAAUGGAGGUUUUUUGACUCCCCAAAUAUUUACCCUCACAAUACCAAAAGUUGAUGGGGGCUCCAGCAUUUCAAUUAAAGUUAGCUGGAUACAGAAAUUAUUAUAUCAUGAUGGAGAAUUGUCAUUGACUGUGCCAUUUAGUUUUCCGGAGUUUGUCACUCCUGCUGUAAAGAAACUACCGAAAAAGGAAAAGAUACUAUUGAAUGUGAACUCUGGUACUGGAACUGAAGUUGUUUGCAAGACAACUAGUCAUCCUCUGAAGCAACUGAAACGUGAAGCAGGGAAGUUGGGCUUCUCAUAUGAAUCAGAAGUUCUCACCUGGACAGAUAUUGACUUUGCUGUCUCAUAUUCUGUUUCUUCAAGUCAUAUAUUUGGUGGUGUGAUGUUGCAAUCCCCUUCUGCCCAUGAUGUUGAUCAAAGAGACAUGUUCUAUUUAUAUCUUUUUCCAGGGGAUCAGCCAAAUAUGAAGGUGUUCAGAAAAGAGAUAGUAUUUAUUGUUGACAUAAGUGGAAGCAUGGAAGGAAAGCCGCUUGAAGGUAUGAAGAAUGCAAUGUCUGGAGCUCUCGCCAAGCUCAAUCCAAAAGAUUCGUUCAAUAUCAUAGCUUUUAAUGGAGAGACCUAUUUGUUUUCUUCAUUGAUGGAGUUGGCUACUGAGAAAACAGUUGAAAGGGCAGUUGAAUGGAUGAAUUUAAACUUUAUUGCUGGGGGCGGUACAAAUAUAUCGGUUCCCCUAAAUCAGGCAAUGGAGAUGGUAUCAAAUACUCAAGGUUCACUUCCUGUCAUUUUUCUUGUCACUGAUGGGGCAGUUGAAGAUGAAAGACACAUUUGUGAUUCAAUGAAAAAAUAUGUAAGAGGCAAAGGAGCAAUAUGUCCACGUAUAUACACUUUUGGCAUAGGUACAUACUGUAAUCACUAUUUCCUGCGCAUGCUUGCAACGGUUUGCAGAGGGCAAUAUGAUGCUGCAUAUGAUGUAGAUUCAGUCCAGGCUCGAAUGGAAAAUUUUUUCAGCAGAGGUCUUUCUGCUGUUCUUGCGAAUGUAAUGAUUGACACAUUGGAUGAUCUUGAUGAUGUGGAGGUGUACCCUUCCAAUAUUCCCGACCUUUCAUCUGAAAGUCUGUUGAUUAUCUCUGGGAGAUAUCAUGGAAACUUCCCUGGAAUUGUUAAAGCCGAAGGUGUUUUAGGAAAUUUGAGUAAUUUUGUUGUGGAUUUGAAGAUACAAAAGACAAAAGACGUCCCUUUUGACAAGAUUUUCGCAAAGCAACAGAUUGAUCUGCUCACAGCCCAGGCAUGGUAUUCAGAAAAUAAACAGCUUGAGGAGAAGGUUGCUAAAAUGAGCAUACAAACUGGUGUAGCGUCUGAAUAUACUCGUCUAACAUUACUUGAGAUGGAGAGAGGAAAUCAAGCCAUAGAAUCACCUAGAGCUCACAAGUUCUCAAACAAAACGGAUUCUCUAAAGGUGGACUAUAAAGGCCGGAGGAGGAUAUUGCUACAAAACUUUGGAGUUGGCUUUGGCAAUUUGGCUGCAACAGCUGAUAACAUUCCUCCUGGAGUUGAAGAAUUAAAGUUGCCUGAGGCAGCUGAACUCAUCAUGAAGGCAGCUUCAAAUUGCUGUGGCAGGGUAUGUGGUCAGUGCUGCUGUAUGUGCUGCAUCCAGUGCUGCUCCAGGAUGAAUGAUCAAUGUGCAAUAGCAUUGACGCAGCUCUUUGCUGCUCUUGCAUGUUUUGGCUGUGUAGAAUGCUGUUCUCUGUGCUGUUCUGGUGGUGAUGGACAUUAGAAGGUUGUGAUAUUAAGUACUUCAUAUUAACAAUGUACAUUUGUUAUACAGCAUAUACUCUACAUUUGUUAUACAGCAUAAAACAGAGUGUUCGUUCAAACCAUUUUGCCUCUUUUAUAUCUUCCAUCAAUUCAUUAAACCCAAAUUACCUGGGGUUGUACUC